ACGCCCUUGGCACGUAUCAGUUUGACAUUGUUUUGAUCUCGUGAGUGAUUUGUUUUCAAAAUAUUGACUGCAUUUAGUGUCGCGAUUUCAAUGAUGUCUGAAGAAAUGACGCUUUUUUUCGGGGGAUGUGUCGCGAUGUCAUUUGUGAGGGCGAUCGGAAGCCGCCUCUCCUAGACCAAAUCGCUUUUGCCAAGUCAUAGAGUGAAUUAGCAUCAAAUGCAGCCCAGUAGGCUGUCAACCAAGGCAAAAGGAGGUCCAUGGAGUAUGGCAGCACCUCAGCAGCUUGUUGAUGUUAAAGUCAAGGUGGAGUCUAAGCCAUCUGGAAAGCCCUUGUGCUUGUUGGACUUGAAGGUUGCGAAGGAUCUUUCUUCGGAAACUGAGAAGAUCCGUAUGGAAAUGAGCCCAGAAACUUUGUUAGCUGCUGUGGAAUCUUUAAAUAAAGUGAGAGCUCAGUUAGAUUCUAUUGCCAAGAAAACAAGUGCGUAGUGUAGUGGGUUUUGAGUUAUAAUUUUUUUUAUGUACUGGAAAAAUAUAUAAAAUUCUUUAAAGUACCACUAUCACAAAUUACAAGUACUACUGUACCAUAAGUUUUAUGAAGAUUUUGAGGUGAAAAUGACAGACAUUCAAGGAGAGCAGUGUCAGCUGGGAAGCAAUGAAUCCAACAAUGCUGAGAUGUCUGAAAAGGAAAAUCACAGCCAGCCAACCCCUCUUGUUGAUGCAGGACCAAGUAAUUUUCCCAUUGAUGAAUUUGUCAGUGAAGAUGUACCAUUCUAUGGAAAGCAUGCAAACAAUAGGCAUGCAAGAGGGGGAUUGCAAAAUAAGAGGCAGCAACGUAAUGCUACAAACUUUGGAAAACGGAAGAGAAUUGACAACGCGAGUGGCCACAUGAAGUUUGAAGAAAGAGAUUACAGUCUUCUCGAGUAUACAGACUAUGUGCAAGCCCAAUUAGAUGUAGAAUCUCACUUCAACAAAAAGUUCUCCUUCGAAAAGCCACCAGGUGACGGUUGUGGUGCUUGGGUACUGCCAGCUGCUGAGUCCAUGUGGACCCAAAGGAUUUGGCUGGAUGAUGAUUUGCAAGCUGCGAAGACCCAUUUAAACGAAAUUAAAGGGCAGCUAAGUUACAAAAACAUAGCAAAUUGGCAUGCACAUACAAAGAAUACAAAUCCAGCCGAAAACAUUGCAUAUGAAGUCAGAAGACGAUCCGGUCCUGAAAUGGUCACUCAAGCGUGGUUGAAGUUUUACGAAAUUGUGAAUAAUUACGAAGUUAUUCCCGUGGAAGAAGAAGAAGAAAAUUUGGUAACCAGCAGUGAGGAGGAAAAGGAGAAUGAAUGUAAAGAGAAGGCUUUCCGCUCUGUACAUCUUUGUGAAGCUCCAGGUGCUUUCAUUCUUGCUCUGAAUCACUACUUGGUAGUCCAUAGACCACAGCUUCAGUGGCAGUGGUUAGCCAGUACUAUCAACCCCUAUUAUGAAGGAUCCCCUUCUGACAUUUGUGUGGUUGAUGACAAAUUAAUCAACCACACCAUGCACAAUUGGACAUUUGGAGAAAACAACACUGGAGACUUGAUGGAGAAGGAGAAUAUGCAAGACCUUAUACACCAAGCAAGUUACAUGGGAGCUGUACAUCUUGUUACUGCUGAUGGUAGUAUUGAUUGCCAAGCUGACCCUGGAGAACAAGAAAAGGAUACCCAUAACCUUCACCUUUGUGAAGUGGUUGCUGCUCUAUCAAUAUUGGCAGUUGAAGGAUCUUUUAUAAUCAAGAAAUUUACAAUGUUUGAAAGUGAGACUGUGAACCUUAUGUAUUUCUUGUGUUGUGUAUUUAAGGAAGUUCAUGUUUUUAAGCCAGGAACAAGCAAAGAAGGUAAUUCUGAAGUUUAUGUUGUGUGUCUCAAGUAUUUAGGUAAAGAUGUGUGUUUUGAUCACCUUCAAAAGCUACUUGCUCAUUAUGGAAAGUUUGAUGUUGAUUCUAGCAUGUUUGAUAUAAAUGAUCUGCCUCUUGAUUUUAUGUUGCAGCUGAAAAAUUGCAUAGAAUUAUUCAAAUUUCAUCAGAUUAAAACUAUUUCCAAGAAUAUUUCUUUGUAUGGGAAAAUGACCGAAAAGGAUGAGCAGUAUCUUAAACUGUUGAAGUUCAAAGCCUGCCAAAUGUUUAUGGAGAAGAAUUACUGUGUUCGCAUUAGUAAAGAACAGUUGUUGACUCAAAAUAAAGUUGGCAAAGGAAGAUACCUCUUGGAAACAGACUUGAGUAAGCCAGUUACUAGUUGCUUUGUUAGAGCCAAGGAUUUGAGGGAGAAGUUGAACUAUGCCAAGUGUUACAUAAAUGAAUACAUUGAGGGGUUUACUACAAAAAAUUGGAUUAUUGAACUUAAUCAUGGAGAGAGAUAUGUGAAGUCAAAGUUUCCAGCAGUUGACCUUGAAGAGGUUGAUUUUGAUGUUUUAAGAGGCAAACCUUAUACCAGGGUAACGGCCUCCAAAUUUUGCUCUCAGAAAGUCUUGGAGUGCUUCAGAGUCUUGUAUAAAUUGUGGGAGAAUCUUGACAGCAUGCCUAAUCUUACUAUGGAUGAAUCUCUUCUGCAGUUGGUUACGAAAGAACAUCCAAAUGCAGAAGUCUUGAAAAGUAACAUUACCUUUGAUCCUACCUGUGACUUGGGAGCCAUGUUGGAAGUACUUUGUUUGAUAAGAGAGAAGAGAGUGGUGGUCAAUGGUAGUUUUAUCCUGUUUAACGUGACACUACUUUCACGUCUUCAGUGUGGACUGCUGUCUCUCUUUAGUGGUGCUUUCCAGAAUAUAGUAAUUUAUACUUCUCAUAAAUUUGGUGAAAGAGCACCAGUUAUUCUUCUAGAAAAUUUCAAAUCAAUGGAUCAUGGAGAAAAACUCUUGUGUGCAAUAGGGAGAACUGGAUGGAAUCCAUUUGAUGAAGAAAAAGCAGGUUCAGUUAACGUGUUACAAAUUGUAUCCUACCCUCAGUUGCUAGAAAAUGUUCGUUUAUGCAGCAUAUUUUAUUACAACCUUCACCAUUGCAUUCAUAGGUCACUGAGACUACUGAAUUGUUUAGAAGGAAUAAUAAAAUAAUGUGAUUUCCCUUACUGCACUCUAAGUUGGUUAUGGAAAAAAAAAAGUUUGUAUGAAAUUACCUUUGUCGCAAACUGAGGAGAUGACCCAUAUUUUUGUAUCUUUUAGAAUUUUCUCAAGUUUUCAUUGUUUGGUCUUAUUUAAUAUUGUUAAAAUCUUUUCCAGCUUUGCUUUUUUGUGUUGUUGUACAGUACAUUUUGUAAGGAAAUAAUUUAAUAAAUUUUAAUCCAA